AUGUCCGACAACUCCUCUCCAGGCGGCACUCCUGCCCCCGCCGGCGCCGUGGCCGACUGGGCCAUCUUCGGCGACGAGCUCAAGGUCGUCGACACCAAUGUCGAGCAUGAACUUCUCGAACCAUACGCCAGCUUUCGUGAUGCGCCUAUCAAUGCCAUCUCCGAGUUGGGCUUGCACUUCCUCGGAACUGCCUGGCGCAGUUAUGACCAAAUCAUCGGACAGCCCAUCUUCUAUCCGGGCUUCACUGAGAACAUCAAAUCACUCACCAUGGCUCAGCCUCGGCUGAAGAGCAAGAUUCGCAGUCUCGCGACAAAGCGAGUCGAGGUUGAGGUCAAAGAGGGACAAUAUGGCGGUGUUGCUGCCACGGGUGAAGAGCCCGCUGUCAAGGCUGCCCGCAAUACCCGCCGCAAGCAGAUUGAGAGUGAGCUAUCCACAGUCGCCGACGACUGGCUCGAUAAGUUGGUCUGCAAGAUGGAGGGCCGAUACUUCAUUCGUGGCGCGUACUACCUUGCUACGCAGCUUCUCACUCGUGCCUACCACCAGGGUAUUCACGUCAACAGCCAGGAAGUGCUCCAGCUUCGGACCGUUGCCAAACAGGCAGCCAAAUUGAAGCAGUCAAUUGUCUUUCUACCAUCACAUCGAUCACACGUAGAUUAUGUAUCUUUACAAGUCAUCUGUUUCCGACUUGGUAUGGCACUCCCAACAGUGGUUGCUGGAGACAACCUCAACUUCCCCGUGAUCGGAAGCUUUUUGCAAAACGCCGGUGCUAUGUACAUUCGACGAUCCUUCGGUGACGAUCAACUCUACUCGACUUUGGUGCAGACUUACAUCGAUACCCUCAUGCAGAAUGGCCAUAACGUCGAGUGUUUCGUCGAGGGUGGACGAUCGCGUACCGGCAAGCUACUGCAACCCAAGUUCGGUAUUCUGGGUUUCUAUCUCGACAGUGUCCUCUCCGGUAUAGUCGAGGAUGCCUGGAUCUGUCCUGUGUCCACACAAUACGACAAGGUCAUUGAAGUCGACUCGUACAUUAGCGAGCUACUCGGUCAGCCCAAGAAGAAGGAAGACUUGGCGGGAUUCCUAUCUGCCUCGAAUGUGCUUUCACUCAAAUUGGGCCGUGUCGAUGUGCGAUUCCAGAAGCCUUGGAGUCUGCGCCAAUUCAUCAACGACCAGGCUUCUCGCCUGGUCAAGGAUCAGCCCACCACUCCCAAGGUUCUCAUGCAGCCGAACAUCCGACGACCAAUUCUGAGCAAGCUCGGCUAUCAAGUGUUGGCUGAGAUUAACGAGGUUUCUGUCGUGAUGCCGACUGCGCUUGUCGGAACCGUGCUAUUGACCCUAUCCGGUCGCAGUGUCGGUCGUGCCGAAUUGGUUCGUCGCGUUGCCUGGUUGGGAGCUCGUAUUGUCAGCGAACAAGGUCGCCUCGCGCAUUUUAACGGAAACACCGUCGAGAGUGUCGUUGACAAGGCUCUUGAAGUACUCGGUCCGAAACUCGUUGGACGCGUUGAUGACCUCCCCGAGGAGAUGUACUAUGCCGAGGACCGUUUCCAGCUGAGUUUCUACCGCAACAUGACCAUCCACCUCUUCAUCUCACAGGCGCUCGUCUGCGCGGCUGUCUACACCAAAGUUAAGCACAGCAUCAACGAGACCAUCUCCGCACGUGAGCUCUACGACUAUGUCAACUUCUUGUCUCAGCUCUUCCGUACCGAGUUCAUUUUCCCUGCCACUUCUCUCGAGGACAAUUUCCGCCGCACUCUCGAGGGCCUCGUCGCCGACCGGGUCCUUUACACUACACCUGAUCCGGCCAACCCAGAGUCCAUCGCUACCAUCGAACUUCAUCCCGAUGAGCGUGCCCGUGGCCUUGAGAACUUUGACUUCUACUGCUUCCUGAUCUGGCCAUUCAUCGAGGCGUCCUGGUUGGAUGGUAUCUCGCUCUUCAUGCUCAGCCCCCCUCCCACCUCACCCGACCAAUCCGUUUAUCUCGACCUCUCAACCUUCCAAGAAAAAGCCCAACUCCUCGGCAAGACCCUCUUCCACCGCGGCGACCUGAGCUACUACGAAGCCGUCAACAAAGAAGCCCUCAAGAACGCUCUUGGCCGCACCGAAGAAGAAGGAAUUGUCCAAAUCACUCGCCCGGAUAAAUCCGAAGGCGGGAAAAUUCCCCAGCGCAUCCGUCUCCACCCCGACUGGCUACCACCGCGCGAUGCCCUCGGCAAGCUCACUCCCAAUGCGGUCGUGGGAUCCCGUCUUUUCGCUUACUGCGAGGCGAUUCACUCGUCCAGAAGAGUCAAUGGCGAGACGCACAAGGAUGGUGGCGCAAGUCUUACUACGCGUGUACUCCAGCUCGCGGAGAUGGUGGCGGGUGACGAUCUUUUCGAGACAGCCGUGGCGGAACCGCUUGGCACGCCAAAGGUUCUGAGACGACGAGUUGGUAUUCGCACUGGAAGAGGUGCGAACGGGAAGGCCUCGAGACUGUAG